GUCAGACGGAGUAUAUAAUCGGGAAACCGGCUGGCAGUCGUUGGUAGUCGAAACUUUGGAGCAACAUGAAGGUGUCAGCGACAGUGCUGGUUUCUUUGGUGUCGUGGGUGGUUGCUUAUCCAGCGCUGGUGGACUCUGGUGGACUGGAAAAUAUCUGGGGAGGAGCAAAAGAAGAGGGACAGGACAAGUCGCAAGGUUUAAUCGAAAAUUUCAAACUGUUGAAAGAUAAAUUUACGCCGCCGCGAUUAUUAGAAAGCGCAAAAUUCGGGAAACUGGGGAUACCUGAUCCAUCGAGACAGCAGAGCAACGAGAACGAUGGAGUUUCGACGCCGCCGAUUUUCAAAUCGCUCAUCGGCAAAGACAACGUAAUCGUCUCGACGAUCUCGAACGUGGUCGAAGCGGCCAAGGGAUUGGUCGAAAGGAUCAAGGGUAAUUUCCAGCAAGAUUCGACUCAGGCAGAGCUGCCUUUCCUUGCGCACCGUGGUGACAAACUAACAGGGGUCGUUCCAGGUUUGGACAAAAGUGAUUCUGCUCAGCUGAAAGGGUAUGAAUCAAGCGGCAACGACGAUUCUCGGAUACCGAUAGGGAUUGAGAGGAACGCGGUGAUAGAGGGUCGCGCGAACAGUUAUCGGGAAUCGGCAGAAGGCGGCGCGACAGAAGUUGCCGGUGAAAAACGCGCGAUUCACUCAGCUGGUUCUCGAGCGUCGUCGGAGGCGGAUGGAAAAACAGGUGCCAGCCGUGGAAAACAGUCGGCAGCGUCUCAGGUAUCAGCGGAGGAAAUCGAAGAAAAAUCAGCUGGCGCAAAAAGGCAGAGUCAUUCUUCCGUGGAGAUUGAGAAAAAGUCGUUAAACAGCGGGGAACGGGAGAGAGUUCCCGAGGAUCGGGGAAUUUUGUCCGAAAAGCAGCUGCCGGCGAGAGGAGCGACCGACGAUCGAGCAGAAGAGUAAAAACGUAUCAGACAAUCUUAAGAUUAAGAAAAGAAAUUGCCCAACACCAAGAAGAAGAAGAAGAAGAAGAAGAAGAAAAAGAAAAAGUAACCAGGUGAUGAAAAUUAAUCGCGAAACAUGUAUCGUUAAAAAGAUGAGAUAAAGACGAUUGGUAAACUGUCUGGAAAAGCUAAAGCUGCUAAAGAAGAGAAAGAGCGCGAGCGGCGAAAACGCUGACGCGGAGAUGUCUGUCGUGACGUAAAAAAAAAAAAAAAAAUAUGACCACGCGCACAGAGAAUGCUCGAACGUGAAAGGACAGAUAGUUCGUUGAGCGAGGGGAUCGAUGAAAAAUUAUCCACUGUCACGCGUAACGAUCUGCUCUUAAUACUACGGGGAAUCAACUACGGCGAAGAGAAGAGGCGACGAUCUUUACGAACCAUUUCGAGACAUUGGCAAAAAUCGAUGAAUAAACAAGUAGUCAAAGGAAGAAGAAGGACGAAAAUUUCCAUGCGAGAAGCUAGAAAAAAAAGCUCGCUGGAGUAUCUCUGAUGAGUCGACCGAACGUGUCAUGCAAAACACAACGUUCAGGAGAAAAUAGUUUUGAAGUAUCAAUCGGUGUCGCCGGCGAUGGGACCGAGAGAGUGGAAGGAAACGAACAUGUCGGGAUUUCUCGCGUAUUUAGCUGCGAUCGAUGAGUAAGCGAUUGUGAACAGCAUCGACGUCGCGAUAGAGAACGAUCGUGAAGGAUCUCGUAGUGCGAGCGUCAAGUACGCUAACUACGGGUGUUCAGGCACACGAAUAAUUACAGAAUCCGCUUGCAAAUAUCCAAACGUCAACGUCUGAAUGAUUAACAAAUGCGUCUGUAGUCAUCGUUAUUAAUACUGUAUGAACGGACAAAUUACAUGCUUUACUUCUUG